AUGGCGCACGAUUUUCCGAAAAGCAACGACUUGGACAGCUCCAAGACGAGCGACCAUCUCAAGAGGUCUGAAUCCGAGAACUCAGUGCACAUGGAAACUGUUUGGACCCUUGAACAAAUUCAGACGGUUUCCACAGCUGGUCACUUUCCAAGGGAUAGAGUAUGGGACAACGAGUCCCCAUACAAUCCACGCAACUGGCCCCAUUGGAAGAAGAAUGCACAUAUCAUGAUGGUUGCUUUUCACUCUAUGACGGGGACAUUCAUGGCAGCAGGCAUCGUUCCUGCCUACGAUGCCAUGGCGGAGAUGUAUGGGGUUUCGGUACAGAGUGCCAGUUAUUUGACAUCCAUCCAAAUUCUGCUUCUCGGUUUAGCCCCCCUGAUAUGGAAUCCCCUCACCGCAGUCUACGGCCGAUACCACGUUUCCCUUCUUUCGGUGAUUGGAAGCAUGGUCUUCAAUAUUGGUGGUGCUCGAUGCACUUCCUUUGGUGCGCAAAUGGCCACUCGAGUCCUCACCGCUAUUUUCAUCUCUCCGCCCAUCGGCAAUGGAAGUGGUGUGAUCACAGAGCUUGCUGAACCCGAGCAUCGCGGUAAAAAGCUCGGCUGGUGGACUCUGAUGACAACGAUCGGCACGCCAGCAGGUCCAUUCUUCAUGGGAUUCGUGGUCAAGCAUAUUGGUGUGCAGUGGAUAUUUUGGAUCUAUGCUAUGGUCAACCUAUGCCAAUUUGUGGUGUAUUUUGCGAUUGGCGACGAGACAAUCUACAACCCCUAUAACGAGCGAAAGGUCACAGGCUUCUGGGGUAAGAUGGUCCCGCGAAUGAUCAAAUCUCAUUCCCUACAGACCAAGGAUAUCAUCAUGCCCUUUUCUUUAGCCCAGAACCCACGCGUCUUGAUCGCAGCAUGUGCCCAUGCUAUCACCUUUUGCUAUGCCAACAUUGCAAUUGUUGUUGAAAUGCCUACCGCAUUUGGCGAGAAGUUUGACUUCGAUGCUCAGCAAAUUGGGCUUCAGUUCAUUGCCAUCAUGAUCGGCUGUGUUCUCGGCGAGCAGAUAAGUGGACCGAUGUGUGACUGGUUUUUGGGUCGGGUUCGCAGAGCCAAGGGAAAUGCAUAUCCAGCCGACCGACUGUGGCUCGCCUACAUUGCCUUUUGCUCAAUCUUCGCAGGUCUUUUCAUAUGGGGCUUCCAACUACAGAAUGCGACGACGUGGAAUGUCACUCCUUGUGUCGGAGCUGCCAUUGCUAGUUUUGGCAACCAAAUGCAGACGACUAUUCUAACGACAUUUGCUGUGGAAAGCAAACAAGAACGGGCCAGUCAGGUUGGAAUUUUUGUCAAUGUUUGUCGGCAAUUUUGGGGCUUUAUUGGUCCAUUUUACUUCCCACUCGUUUUCAACUCGCUGGGCCUGGGUGGAGCUGCUGGUGUGUUUGUAGCAAUUAUUGUUGGAUGUGCUCUGCUCCCGAUCAUGGCGAUUCAAUUCGUCUCGCUUCGUGUAGAUAGGAACUGA